GUUAUGGCAUCAGUGACUAAGGAUAUCAAGAAAGUGACACGUGCAACCAUUCAUGAAGCCUCUGGAUUAGACAUUGCUCGAUCUGCAUUUGAAGACUGGAUCAAUAGUUCACCAGAUGACAAUAAUUUAUUAUAUUUACCUGGGGUUACAUUAAAUCCUAAACAAUUAUUUUAUUUGACAUAUGCACAAACAUUUUGUCAUAAUAUGGAUAUAUGGGAUGAAUAUUUUCAAAUGAUUAUAAAAACACCAAAACCACCAUAUGAAGUUUUAGUUAAUCAUAUCAUGAAUGAAUUACCUGAUUUCUCGGAUACUUUCAACUGUCCAGUAGGAACACCAAUGAAUCCGAAAAAUCGAUGUCGUGCAGCACUUUAAAAACUGUGUAUUUAUCGAUGAGUUAUUUUUUCUUCACCCAACCAAAAACAAAAAGCUUGUUUCAUUUUUUAACUUGUUUUUUUUUUCAAAUUCAUAUCAAUCAAUAAAACAAAAUUUAAAUGUCAUAAUAUGCAAUAAUUCUAAAUUGAGAAAACAAAUUUGUAUAUCUAUUGAUGAUUGAAAAUUGAAAAAAAAAAAUACAAAACACACACACAUGAUUCGAUUUUGAUUUAAUUUUUCAAACUUUAUUCUCACCAGAAUUAUUUACUUUUUUUAGAUAAAGUUGUAUUAAUGUAAUUUCUAUUUGUUUGUAAUUUUAAAAAAAAGCACAC